GCGCAUGCUCUUUUGGUUCCGAAGUUGGCGCGCAGAGGAAGGUAAUGGAAAAUUUUCUUGAAGACUGAUGUGUUUUUCACACGAUUGCACUCACCAUUCAAGCUCAUGCAAGGUGCCACAGCAUGAGGUGGAUGUGUAAAAAAUGCAGCUUUGAGUCAAACAAAAGACUUCAACUUUUAAAACACUUACGGCUCAAGCACGGAAAUUCUGGCUGUCAGUCAUGCUGAUAUGCUGAUUGCCCUUGUUCAUUUAAAACAUUUAAUGCUCUACGAUUACAUUUAUCCCGACACCACACAGAAUCAGACAAACCAACAGAGGUGCUUUCAUUUUGAGUACGAGGUAGUGACUUGUGUAUUCAAAAACUGUAGCUUCAGCACAAGCAUUUAUUCAACCUUUGCUACCCAUAAACACAGGAAACACAAUAAACACUCCCUUGAAGAUUUUAAAACAGAAGUCUUGAAAAAAAUACCCAAAUCCCACUGUUUUGCAAAAUGAUUCAGAGGUCUCUGAGGAUGACACAGAACUUGAUGAAACUUUGGUUGAAGCAAAAGAUAAUUUGUCUGACGUUAUAAAGAAGAAGUUUGGUCAACUUUUUCUCAAGUUGGAAAGUAAUUUCAAUGUGUCAAACAGGUGCAAUGAUCAAAUCAUAGAUGAGCUUCAGUUCAUAUCCUCCUCUGCAUCUGCUCAGUUUUGAAUGUUGUUGUUGAGUCCACCAUUUGGUGAAAAAUCUGUGUGAAUCAAACCUUGUCAGUUCAGCUUUAGGGAAAGAUGGACCUUUUUCAACUGCAUAUAAGAGGAGAGAAUUUAUGAAAACACAUUUUUCAGUUGUUGAACCAGUAGAAUACAUACUGGACAAUAAAGACAACAGAACAUUCCAGUAUGUUCCAAUACUCCAGUCUUUGUUGCAAGUCUUGAAGAAUAUCGAAGAAAAGGACCUAGUCACUCAAAAAAACACUGGAUGUGCAUCACAAUACCAGUCCUUCCAUGAUGGAUCUCACUUUCAUGAAAAUAAAUUUUUCGCAGGCGAUGUCAAGAUAUUAAGUCUUAUUCUGUACUUCGAUGACUUUGAAGUAUGCAAUCCCUUGGGAACUUCUCGCAAGAUUCACAAAGUCACCGCUGUCUACUGGGUGUUAGGAAACUUUCCAGCACAUGCACGAUCAACAUUGGCAUCUAUUAAUUUAGCCAUUCUUUGUAAGGCAGAUGACACAAAGCGAUUUGGAUUUCAGAAAGUACUAGAGCCACUGUUAACCGAUCUUCAAAGCUUGGAAAAAGAUGGUAUUUUUAUUCCAAGUCUAGGAAAAGUCAUGAAAGGCACUGUGGUGAGCGUGGUUGCUGAUAACUUGGGAGCCCAUUCUGUGGGAGGAUUCGUUGAAAACUUCACGGGAUCUCAUGUCUGCCAAUUUUGUCUUGCAGACAGGUCCCAGUUUCAGACCACAGAAGUAAGAUCUGGACUUUUUCUGAGGAGAGAUAAAGAGCAGCACACUCUGCAUGUUGAGACAGUUUUGUCAAGUCCUACUUCCACUCCUUGCUAUGGUGUGAAAAAACAGUGUGCACUGUCUGAAACACUUCAUCACUUUCAUGUAUUACAUGACCUUCUUGAAGGUCUUGUUCCAGUGGAACUGGCAUUGUCAUUUCAAGCCUUUAUCAAUAAGAAAUAUUUUUCUCUUGAGGAGCUCAACAAUUGCAUUCGACAGUUCCCUUAUAAGUGGAGUGACCAAACAAAUCGUCCACAAAUGAUUCUUGCUCAUUUUGCCACAAAAAGAUCUGUAGGAGGCAAUGCGCAUGAAAAUUGGUGUUUGUUGCGUCUGUUGCCUCUCAUGAUGGUCUCAUGAAAGUACCUGAGGAUGAUGAAGUGUGGCAGAUGUUAAUGACCUUAAAAGACAUUGUGGAACUUGUGAUGGCCCCAGUUCAUACAGAGCAUUUGCUACCUCGACUCUUUGAUUUCUGAGCACCGACACAGAUUUCUGGAAGUUUUUCCUCAAGAAAAGCUUCUUCCCAAACACCACUUUCUCGAGCACUACACUGAACUCAUUCAGGAAUUUGGUCCUCUGGCAGCCUUGUGGACCAUGAGAUUCAAAGCUAAACAUGGCUUUUUCAAAAAAGCUGUCAGACAAACAGGCUGUUUCAAGACCAUACUGCUAUCCCUUGCAAAAAAACACCAGCUCAUGAUAGCAUUGUAUCUCCAUGAGUCAAAUUUGUACAAGUCAUCACUUUCGGUCACAGCAACUUCACAAGUCUCUGUGGAUGUCCUAAAGGAUGAGAUAAAAGAUUUGGUGCAACAUAGGUAUCCACAUGUCACAAUGGUACAUGUACACGACUGACUACCUUAAAGCACUAUAUUUGCCCCUCUUUUUAGGUGUAUGAUUAUCGAAGUUAAUGCUAUAGUGAACAAAUUUUUAAUUAGGAUGAAUUGUUUUAAUUGCUUUUUUUUUCUUUUGCCGAUGUGUACCCCAGCAAAGCUGCCGAAUUGUUUUUGAAGAGAAUGACAUUCACAAAUUGGUUCUGCCCUCAGGCAUCCCCAGUACUCUUCAGGACCUUAAACGUGUUAUCAAAGAGACCUUUAAUAUUCCAGACUGCUUUACUUUGAUGUAUGAAGACAUGGAUUUUGGGGGCCAGUUUCACCUUGAGCUCAAUAGAUGAUGAUCUCAGAUCGCAAGACCCUGCAGCGGAUAGUGAGGACAGCUGAGAAGAUCAUCGGGGUCUCUCUUCCCUCCAUCUCAGACAUUUACACCUCUCGCUGCAUCCGCAAAGCCACCAGCAUUGUGGAUGACCCCACACACCCCUCUCACGCACUCUUCACCCUCCUGCCGUCUGGUAAACGGUACCGGAGCAUUCGGGCCCUCACAACCAGACUGUGCAAUAGUUUCUUCCCUCAUGCCAUCAGACUCCUCAAUACCUAGAACUGGACUGAAGGAAGGAACACACACACACACACACACACACAUAUAUACAGACACACACACACAACUGAACAUCUUCCAUGCACCCAUGCACAUGUUUUAUGCUGCUGCUGCUACUAUUAUGUUUACACAUAAUACAAUACCAUUAUGUUUACAUUACUUCAGCUAUUUAUAUCAAACUCUGUAUUAUUUGCACUACUGUCACUUGGCCACUUUCAAACAGAACUGCGUACUGGUCAGCGUUGUAGUUAUUGUACUGUCUUGUUCUGUCUUGUGCGUCCGCACGUUUGCCCUUUAUGUUUAAUUUAUGUAGUCCCCGUAGCUCUGUGUUGUUCCGUGUUGUCUUAUGUAGCACCUUGGUCCUGGAGAAACGUUGUUUCGUUUCACUAUGUACUUGUAUAUGGCUGAAAUGACAAUAAACUCCACUUGACUUGACUUGAUGUACAGGAAUAUGUACAUUAAAAGUGGUACAAACUGAACCCAUCACCCCAGCUUUCCUGUCCACAAAUGAAAAGUCUUGCCCCAAAGGCAUGAAAAGACCCAGGAAGGCUGAAGUAAACUACUUGCCCCCAUUUCCAUUUGGGGAAACCGAGGAAACUUUAGAGAAGGUGAAAGUUGAUCUUCUUAAAGAAAUUCAGAAGAAAAACAACAAAAAGGUAAUUGAUGAGAUAAUGGAGAAGACUUUCUCUUAUCAAAGAUUAGAAAUCAUUAUUCAAUGCCCUGCUGUCAAAGAUUUCAUGGAGAGAUGACCAGCUCUUUUUUGUGAAUCUGAGGUAAACCUUAGUUCUUCUUUUGGUGGCUUGAUGGUAAUAUGUACUUAUAACUUUUGGAACUCAUAUUUCAUUCAUUAAAAACAAUUAAAUAUUUUAAUUUCAUUACUAUAGCAUGAUUGUGUGUGUGCGUGUGCGCGUGUGUGGUUGGCAAAAAAAAAGUGUUUAUUUGACUACUAAAUCUUAAAUGUGUUACAUUUAUUUUUCUUUGUCUUAGAUCAAGAAUGAGUUCAGAAGGAUAACCACAAUUCCCCUGGAGCCAAUCUUUCUGCAAAAACUGGACCUCUACACUCCAAAGCUCCUGGAUUUCUUUAAAAUGAAGGGUGGGGAUACAGGCAUAGAAAUUAGAAGUGUGCAAGAUUCACUCAGCCAGCAAGUUGAAGAUAAGUGAGAUGCUGUGAUUCGCUGCCUGCUUCCCUACCUGGGAGAAUCCUAUGAGGAGCUCACUGAAGCCUACCAGGAUGUCAGCAGAGACAAGAUUAAAGAUAGCUUCACCAAUCAUGUAAUGAAGAUCGUUGUACUGGGCAGCACUGCAGGAGAGGAAGAUGCCAACAUAGCUGACGUCAUCAUCGUCAUUGAGGGAACUGAGGUGCUGUUGGGAUGCAAGAAUCUCACAAAUGCGUCCCUUCUGCUCAUGGGCUUCGUUUACUCCCUGAACUUAAGCUAUCCCCCAAAGCUGAGAAACACAUUUGAAGUCUUUCAGAAAAUCUUUCUUGGGCUGGACGCUUUAAAAUUUUCUCUAAAAGUUAGCUCUUAGCAGUUUUAAAUAAUAUUUAAAGUAAAGGUUACUCAGGAUAACUAAAAAAGAUAACUAGGACUCUUAUGUAAAAAAAAAAAAAAAAAAUGCAAUAAAUCAUAAUAUAUUUAUAAGCAUUACUUAAGUAAAAUUUCUAUACUUGGGAAUUCCCAAGUAAACUUAACUAAUAAUUAUGGAUAGGCUUUUACUUGGCAAAUUUUUGUAAAUUUACUAGCCUUUUCUGAGUGAAAAUUGUUUCCAAGCUUUUUUCAAGUAAAUCCUACUCCAAAUUUUUUUCAGUGUAAGCGAGUAAUAAUGAUAUUGUGAUCAAUAGUAUCGAAUGCUGCACUUAGAUCUAGUAAAAUUAAAAUCACAGAGUCACCAGAGCCAACUGAAGUUAAAAUGUCAUUUAUUACUUUGAGCAAGGCCGUCUCUGUGCUGUGGUUUGCUUUAAAUCCAGAUUGAAACUUUUCAGAGAUAUCAUUUUGAACUAGAAAAGCAUGUAAUUGAUUUAAAACGGCCUUUUCUAAGACCUUAGAUAAGAAAGGUAAUUUAGAAAUGGGACGGUAGUUUGAUAAAACACUUGGAUCUAAAUUUGAUUUUUUUCAAGAAUGUAUGUGACUGUAACUGUAUGUUACUAUGGUUACAAUUGUUUAUUGUAUUAUUAUAUUAAUUUAGAAUGGUGAUUAAACUGCAAUAUAUAAAAAAUAUAACAUGCAAGAGAUAUGUACAUUGUAUAUACAACAGUACCCAGAUUAUCCAUGGAUAAUAUAGAUUAUAUAUAGAUACAGAUUAUAUAGAGAUGUAUAAAGAUAACCUAGGAUAUAUAUGAUCACUAUUUCAAUUAUGUAGAGAUAAUACAGAAUAUAUAGUAUAGAAUAGAACUGCAGUAUAAUUACAGGCAGUAAAACAUCAGUGGCCUAAUGGUAUAGUGUAGAGUUCAACAGGUUAAUGGUUGUGGGGAACAAGCUGGCCCUGAGCCUGCUAGUUCUGGUGCGAAUGUUCCUGAAUGGAAGGAGGUUGAACAAUGUGUGACUGGGAAGGGUGGAGUCCCUAAUAAAUGUUGCAUGCUCUAAGCAGACAUCUCCUGUGGUGAAGAUGUUCAAUGGCUGGGAGUUGGGCAC